AUGGCUAUGCGGAAGUGUCCUAAAUCAGGAGUCCCCAACCCUCAGGCCGCUACCUUUGAGCCGUUUGGAAUCAGGCUGCAGAAAUGGGGAGUAUCUGGGACUGAUUUUAUGAAAGUGUUUUUGGGCAGGGGGAACGUGAAUGAACGUAACUUUAUUUUGGGCAUAAAGCUCGAAUGGCAAGGGCUGCAGUAUUUGCAUGAAAACAAGAUUAUUCACUGUGAUAUUAAAGCAAAUAAUAUUAUCCUAACCACUGAAGAAGCAGUUAAGAUUUGGAUUUUGAAUCCAUCUCCAACUGAAUUCAAUGAUUUUAUUAGCAAAUGUUUAACCAAAGAUUAUGAAAAGCACCCUGGAGUGACUGACCAAUUGAAGCACAAUUUUGUGAAGCAGGUGGAAGGCAAAGAAUAUAUCCAGCAAAUACAACUGAUGGAGUCUAUUAAUAAUCACCAGCAGAUGGGUGUUCCUGAAAAAGCAAGUGUUGAACAACUUCGUUCUAAAAUACAGAAUUUGACUAAGUCUCUAACUGCUAAUCAGGACGAGGUGGAUGAUUUGGCAACAUUAGAAAUAUUAGAUGAGAAUACAAUAACAGAGCAACUCGAGAAGAGCUAUGCCCGAGGUCAGAUCUACACUUAUGUGGGAGAUAUCCUCAUUGCAGUCAACCCUUUUCGGAACUUAGAUCUUUACUCUACAAAGCAUUCCAGAUUGUACAUGGGAGCUAAACGGACUCGCAACCCACCACAUAUUUUUGCUAUGGCUGAUACGGCAUAUCAAUCAAUGGUCACCUAUGGGUCAGAUCGGUGUAUUGUCAUUUCUGGAGAAAGUGGAGCUGGAAAGACUCAAAGUUCUCAUCUGCUGGUUCAACAAUUGACAAUCCUUGGAAAGGCUAAUAACAAGACUCUUCAAGGAAAAAUUAUCCAAGUCAACAAUCUCUUGGAAGCCUUUGGAAAUGCAGCCACUAUUAUUAAUGAUAAUUCCAGCAGAUUUGGGAAAUAUCUAGAAAUGAAAUUCACUUCUAAAGGAACUGUUGUAAGCGCUCAGAUUUCAGAAUAUCUUCUAGAAAAGUCUAGAGUCAUAUGUCAAGCUGGUGGGGAGAAGAAUUUUCAUAUUUUUUAUUACAUCUAUGCUGGAUUGGCAGAAAAGAAAAGAUUAGAUCAUUAUAAAUUGCCAGAAAAUGAACUCCCAAGUUAUCUACAAAAUGAACUUCUGACACCAGUGCAAGAGGUCCUGAACAAUACUUCUUAUAAAUCCAAGUUUUCAUCGAUUGAACAGUGCUUCAAAGUGAUUGGCUUUACAAUGGAGGAACUAGAGUGUGUAUACUGUGUACUUGCUGCCAUUUUAAAUGUGGGUAACAUUGAAUUUUCAUCAGAGGUAACCGAGUACAUGAUUGACAAGAGCAUAAUUUCCAAUCCAAUGCCACUGGAGAAUUCUGCUUCCUUGUUAUUUAUCCAAGCAAACAAGUUGCAAGAAGCCCUAACCUCUCAUUGUGUGGUUACUCGAGGGGAAAAAAUUAUACGACCUAACACAAUGGAAAAAGCUAUUGAUGUGAGAGAUGCUACAGCCAAAGCGUUGUAUGGGUGGCUCUUUAGUUGGAUAGUCAAUCAUAUUAAUGUCCUGCUCAAACCAACUACUGCUUUAAGUGGAAGUGAUAAAGGACUAAACAUUGGAAUUCUUGAUAUCUUCGGUUUUGAAAACUUCAAAAAAAAUUCUUUUGAGCAGCUCUGUAUCAAUAUUGCCAAUGAGCAGAUUCAGUUUUACUUCAAUCAAAAUAUCUUUGCAUGGGAACAGAAUGAAUACCUCAACGAAGGCAUUGAUGCACGAAUUAUUGAGUAUGAGGACAACAAACCACUGUUAGAUAUAUUCCUACAAAAGCCGAUGGGAUUACUGUCACUUCUUGAUGAAGAAAGUAGUUUUCCUCAAGCCACUGAUCAGACACUUGUUGAAAAGUUUGAAGACAAUUUGAAAUCCAAAUAUUUCUGGAGACCAAAGAGAAUUGAUUUGACAUUUGGCAUUUACCAUUAUGCAGGGCAGGUUCUUUACAAUGUAAAUGGGUUCUUAGCCAAAAACAGAGAUACUUUGCCAGAUGAUAUUAUACUACUACUGCGAUCCUCUCAGAAUCACUUGAUUCGGCUGCUAGCAGCCCACCCUCUUACCAAAACAGGUAAUUUGGAUUACAGCAAGCAAAAAGGUAUAGGUAGUCCUCGCUUAACAACCAUUUGCUCAGCAACGAAUCAGCAGGAAGGUUCCAUGCAUCCAAGAGAAGCAAGCAAAACACACACAGUUGCGUCUUACUUCCGAAACUCAUUGAUGGAUUUGUUGUACAAACUGGCGGUUGGCCAGCCCCAUUUUGUUCGGUGUAUUAAACCAAACAACUAUCGUCAGGCAAACAAAUAUGACAAAGAAAAAGUAUUGAUUCAGUUGCGAUACACUGGAAUUUUGGAAACGGCUCGGAUUCGGCAACAGGGAUAUUCUCAUCGUAUUCUUUUUGCAAACUUCAUAAAGCGAUACUAUUUCCUUUGUUACAAUUCCAGCAACGAACUUCCUAUAAAUUCUGCUACUUGUACUGCCAUCUUGGAAAAAGCCAAGUUGACUAAAUGGAUGGUUGGGAAAACAAAGGUGUUUCUGAAAUACUACCACGUAGAGCAACUAAAUAUAAAGAGAAAGGAGACAAUUCAUAGGAUUGUUUUGAUUCAAAUCUAUGUGAGAAGAUGGCUUUGUUCAAACAGAUUUAAAAAGUUGAAGGAGAAAAGGCAAGCAAGUGCAAUUAAAAUACAAUCAGAGAAACUUAGGAAAGGUGCAUGUUCUAAAACUACGUUAGAAGGAAAAGAAGAAACCUUCAACCUGGAAUCACUUCUCAAGAAUAAGCAAGCCGAAAUGGCAACAAGCCCAGGAAAAAAAGAAAAUCUUCCUAAAGAAGACCAAAAUCCAAGCCAGCAAGCUCCUCGUGUUUUUCCUCAAGAAAGUCAGGGAGGAUCUGUACGAACCGCUCAGAAACCUAUUGAAGCCGGCCAACAAACCACUGAAGACAAAGCAAAGGCAGCACUAAUUAUUCAGAGUAUUUAUCGAGGGUACCGAGUAAGAGAUCAGCUCAGAAAGAAAAAGAAGUUACGUUUUGAAAAUCAAGGUGAUAGUGAGUCUGAUGGCCUAGCUUUAAAAGGUGGCCCAGAAGAGGAAAAAUCUAACUUGGCUGUUUUCUCCAAGCAGAUAUCAAAAUUAUCGGAGAACUAUCUGUCACUGGAGAAGAAACUGAACGACAUACUUUUAUCCCAUCAGCUGAAUAUGAAACUCCCCACAAACUACCAUCCUGGCAGUCACCUUUCUUCAUAUGUGUACCAGUCUGUUGGUUUCAAAAGAGAGGAUGGUGAUCAUAUACAAAGAAGCCCAAGGCGAUUUCCAAAACCCAAGAUGUUAGAUGAUCCUGAAGAUUCAACCUUUUAUGCUCUUCUACAGAAAUUCUCAUCUAUGCAAGAUGAAAGGCGAAAAGGGAGAAGUAGCAGUCUGGGCAAGAUACUGAAUAUAGAAGAUCGAUACUACCAAGAGUUUACAUCUACUGAUUUCGUCUCAAAGGAUAGAAAUGCCAGCACAAGAGCAAAGAAUCUCCUGCAAGAUCCUAUCUCUGCAACAUUAAGGAGUGCUGAAGGGCCAAAGGUCCCUGGGAUCCCGCUAAAAGAGAACGAAGAGGAAGAUUAUCCUUUUGACUACCAAAAGCUACUCCGGAAGACUUCUCAACGCAGGCGCCUCCUUCAGAAAUAUUAG